AUGUGUCUUAGACUGACAGAGUUGUCGACCCCCCCCUUGUGCCUCACUGCUCCCGGGGUCGCUUUUCCGCGGGAAUCACUGCUAAGCGACCGUAUCGACGGAUCGCCAGGCACUUUGGAGCGGGCCUUCGCGCCGGUCAAGCACGGCAUCGAUUUCAACACGCUGUUGAUCUCACGCCCUUGCCCGCCCGUGUUCGGGCCGCGAGGCGUCGUUGGAGCCCACACUGCGAGCACCAUGUACCUGCUCGUCCUGCUGCUCAUCACGUUGAGUGCGUCGUCGCGGGGCGUUUGCGCCGCGACGCGCCUGGAAACACGGCCCCCGCGACAGUCUUGCUGGUACGGUCGCGUUGAGUCGUGGAAUCCCGGGGAGAAGUGCGUGCGGGCCGCGGGGCCGUUCCCGAACGCAACGUGCCCACUAGGCACGUGGCCGACGCAGGUGGCGUGUUGUGCGCCCGCGACCGGCGCGUUCUGGCAGGGGUGCUCGCCGCAGCCGGAGACGCGUAUCGGCAAGCUCCUGCGGAAGAAACGCGCGGCCUGCCGUGCCGAGGAGGCGGAGUGGAAGCGAGAGGUCUGCGACAAUGGUUCGUUGAAUGCCUUCAACUGGUGUCAGGAGGGGGAGUCCUCGCCCGCGCGCAAGGUGAUCGCUCUGACGUUCGACGACGGCCCGAUCGUCGACAUGCCCUGGCCGUACACGGACACGUACGCCGUGCUUGACGACCUGGCGGCGGCGGGCGUCACGGCUACCUUCUACAUCAGCCCGGGAACAUGGGGCGGCGAGGACAUGCUGGACGCGAAGUGCGAGGCGCUGCGGGCGAUCCGCGACGCCGGCCACGAGAUCCAGAGCCACACGUGGACGCACAGGCCGAUCCCGGACAUGUACGCCGACGGAACCCUCAACAAAGAGCUAAUACAGGUCCAGAGAUGGGUUUCGAAGUGUCUGGGCACGCGUGCGCGCCCCAUCGGUCAGGUUCGGCCGCCGUUCGGUUCCAUCACCAUACCGGCUCUCAAGCACAUCAACGAUCUCGGGCUCGUGGUGUCGAUGUGGAGCGUGGACAGCGACGACUGGCGCGUGUCUCUCCUGGUGCAGUCGGAGGGCAUGAGCGACGCCGACGCCCGCCACCGCAUCGCGAACAGAGUCCUGCACGGCAUUGAUCCCGUCACCCUCCAGGACCUGACGGAACACGAUCCACAGUUGGCGACGUUGACCAAGAUGGUGCGCGAGGGCAAGUCGGCCGUCGUGCUGCUGCACGACCACGCGUACAGGCCGGGCGUCGUGCAAGACAUCGUGCACGCUGUGCGUGCCAUCGACCCUUUGUACCAGUUUACCACGGCAGGUGUGUGCUACCACGGCUGCGGCGACGUGCACUGCGACCAAGGAUCCCCGGCUGCGGCGCCGUGUGGCGAGGAAGCCUGCGGUUGGGGCGUGUAG